CGCUGCUGUUGAAUUUCCAGAACUCGAAGUAAGCGGAAACGGACGGCGAGAAUUGUCGGAAUUGUUGGAAUUGUGUCGGCCGUUCGUCAAAGCCUAUGCCUGUGCCCUCGCUAUUAGGAGCCGAAAAUGAGCGACGAAAAGAGAGCGGAGAGGCUUUUGAAGCGGGCGAAGCCAUUCCUCGACGAAAAGCUGAAAGCUAAACAGAGACUGACCGCUCUGUCCAGCUUUGUCGAGAACUCCAAUGUGCAGGAGCAACAGAAGUUUUUUCACGAGCAUGAUUACCAGAUAUACACCGUCAUGUUCGAUUGCUUUACGCAUCAGGUGGACAAAAUCAAAACACGAGAAAAACCAGACAAGCCGGUUUCCAUAAACAGUAAAGAGGUGGCUGAUUUACUGCGAUCUUUGCAGAUCUUGAAGAAGAUCAUAGUCUAUCUCCCCGAGAAGAUGAGAGCUGGUUGGCAAAGGCGAAGCAUAGUGGGAAUCCUCCAGGCCUUACUCGUAACAGGCAACCAUGUCAAGCUACGCAUCGAAGGACUCCGACUUUUGCUUCUAUACCUCGCCCAGCAACCGCCAGAAGUACAGGAUACGAUCCCUCUGUACGCCAACGCUAUUUCAUUAUCCGUAUUUGAUGCUUUCGUCAUCCCCCCGCCAAUAGCAACUGCGCAUACCUACUGCGAAAAUCAGGGAAUAGAUAGUCUGUUGCCGACGGAGGGUGUUGCCGUCUGGAAGGGGGAGGGCAAAGGACAACUGAAUCAGGAUGUCAUAGAAUGGGAGAGACGAAUACAUACGCUCAACGGGCCCGCAUCCGUGGGCGGUUCAGGAGGCAGCAGCACCAUGGAUAGAACGGUGCUGCUUCCUAGCUCGACGCCCUUUACGAUUUACGACGCGAUGGACAUGUUCGAGGAGAUCUUAUCACAUCUGGUUAUAGUGGCUGGUGAAACACCUGCAACUCAAUCGACGGCGACGGCGAGCCUGCAAGUUCCAAGUGUAAGAGGUCAUCGGGGCUCGGUCGUGGAAAAGGUACACCCGGAAGCUAAGGAGACGGAAGUCGGGACUGAUGCCCCGAACGUGAGCACGCCCUCAGUGAGCAGAAACGGUUCUCUCGCCGCCACGGACACAACGCCAGCGAAAUCCAUACUCGACAUUUCUGCUCAGCCGGCGGAUGGCCUCUCCAUUAUGUGGGGCCAUUUCCGAAAUCAUUAUCUCAGGUUGCUUUUUCCACAAGUGGCACGGCUGUCGGGAAUGCAGGUUUCAGAUGAAGAAGGGUUCGCCACAUGUCCCCCUCAGCUUCUUCAUGCACUCUUGAAUUUCCUUAUCCGGAAUUGCGUCGACUCGUCGGUCAACACAUCUUCGACUUCGUUGCGACGGCUGUUGCUCAGUGGGGAUGUCCAGAAUCUGGAACUAGUACACGAGUGGAUUCAUCAGGCCAUGUUACUGCCCUAUGUCUGGAGCGACGUUAUGAGAGGGGCCAUAGCAAUUGUGCGAGUGUGGUGUGCCCAAGCGGAUGAGGAGCGCCCGCCCUUUCUUCAGAUGUUCUCCCCCGAGGCAGUGUCGCCGGUUGAGGGUCCUGGGGGCGACGUCGAUAGUUACCUGCGCCGUUAUAUUCGUUAUCUUCGCCUGGCUUUCUCAGUGAAAGUUGAUGAUGUGGAGCACAUGGAUCACCAGCUUGCGAUUUUCCGAGAAGUCAUAUUCCUGUUCCGUUCCUUUACUCUUGACACUAUGCAACCAUCGCUCACUCCUCAAUCCUGGCACACCCUCUUCGCGACUCUGUUUGAUGUCACCGUGCACUUGCUUUGCAGACCGAGUCCUACAGCAGUCGUUCGUGACUCGGCCAUGGCCAUUGAAAUUGCGGAUUUACUACUGGAGACAGCAUUCAUAACGGCUGUGAGAAGCGGAAUCAAGGAUGAUGAUCUAUGGAGCACACUAAGAUCGAUAUUGCAGAGGUGUACCCGUUGGGCGGAAUGUAUUGGCAAUUGGGAGACCACGUUGACGACGCUGACUACAAUACUAGCAACGCACACAUAUUCCGUGGAACUGGACCCUUUGCAUCAACUCAAGCAUCGUGCCAAUCAGAACGCCGCAUCUGCAUCUCCUUCAACUCACAUUGGACACCAUCCUCCUCACCGCGCUCCGGCUUCCGUGUCUUCUUUCGUCACCCAUCAUUCUUCGUCUUCAUCAAAGCGCGACCGGUCCAACUCAUUUAUAGCGAACACACUCCAUCGAGGUGCUGAUGCCAAAAAGCGGGCGAACACAGAGGUCUCUUCGAAUUCCUUGAAGGGCGCGAGGAGUGACCCAGAGGUGUUUGUGGGAGGCGGGAAGAGUCAGACGGCAGAGAGUCCGAGAACGUGGGGACUUGGAGCGUUUGGAACAUCUAAACGAGAUGUAGACCGGCAUGUGGAAGGCGAAGAGACGGUGGGCGAAGCGUUGGUGUUGAAUAAGAGAACCUUUGCGGUACGCACCUGCAAGCCGGAGAUGCACAAGGGCGAAACAAGAUGAGUUUGCUGACCGGAAGACGUCAUUCAGAUUCUGGGUCAAGCCAAGGGGUCGAAUGUGUCGUUGUCGAAUCUCACCCCCGAGUCCAAAAACAAGUAAGGUCAAAAAUGGAGAUCUUUCCGGGGAACAUACACUCACGACUAGAACGCCCGCACUAUCAGCCCUGCUCAGUCUCCCAUCCCCGUUUAUCAUCGUCCAACUCCAUCCGCGGACUUCAUGGACCUCAUCAGCCUUCCCAUUUGGGACGAAACCUCGGCGUCUUUUAUGUGGAAGAAUGUGCUUUGCAUCCUCGGUGAUAUA